UAUGAAUUAGAUAGAGCCUACGGAGGACGCCAGUGAUCAUGAGAGUGACCCGUUUGUAAAACACCGCUACAAAACAGAAGGUUCUUUCUCUACAAUUUUUAGUAGCGCACAUAUUGUUCCCCGUUCACGGCGUAGUAAGGACUGCACUUGGCUUAUUCCGCACUUGAAUAGAUGUGAAAGCGCGAGCCUGGAGGUCUUGGUAUGCUAGCCAAUGUUAGACUCCAUGUAAUGUAACGACUAUGCACAACCAGAGGAAGACGGGCAGGCAUGACGCGGAAUUGCUCUGUUGCUACGGAUUGGUCAGAAAAAACGGCUAGUACUACUAUCAGAGAAGAACAACAAGUGAAGAACUGAGAAGAAGAAGCAACUGUACCUUCAAGGAGACGCUGCACCUUGGAGGAAAAGCUGCAGCUACGCAGCACUGCGCGCCUGCAGGUCAUAAUCAUCCCCGCAGCUGAAACUAAAAGUGCGAAGUCCGCGGCAACUACAAAGGUACUGCGUAGCGGCGUAGUACAUCCUGGAUGUUGAUACGCGCAAAAGUAGUACUAAGUGACUCUCCUGAUAGGGAAGUCUUCACGUGCUGGAGAACACCACGAUUCUCGCAAUCCCAAAUCAUCUGGAGAGGACGAUCACGGCCUUCGCGGUCCUAGAGCAUACCACAGCUUGCCGCUUAACAGAACGCUCAGCCUUGUUCUAGUUCGGCCGUUUAUGAGCGACGAACAGAAGGUAGCCUUAGCACUACAUUAACAAGAAUAGCACAAGACGAACAAACAUGACAAGCCUAGUGGCCGGCGACGCAACUGAUAUGGUGCCGCUGCCGCGGAGUGAUGGAGCCAAAGCGUCGCUAGCGAAGCAGCUGGUCGCGCCAGCGGAAGUCCUCGCGGAUGGACAGACAGUCUACAAUCUCUAUCGCGGAGUGAUCUGUGUCUGCAAAAACGACGUCCUAGCUCGCAUUUGGGUCGACAUGAGUUUACGGCAUUUAGAAUAUAUGAAGAUCUCUUCGUUAUUCUAGACAACUAUAAAAAUGUAAGUUAAUGUAUUCUAGUACAACCGGUUAGUUUUUACCUCUAGCGUUUAGCCCUUCCCACAAAAUGUAUGAAUUUGUAUGCUAGUGCGGUAUUCGUUACGGUGCACUAAUUCCUGUCAAAAGAUUUCAUCUCUACAGUGACGAUGAGGGACGAACCCUCAGUGAGAAGGACCCACAUGCUAUCCGUAUCCAAUCAAUCUUGAUCUUCUUUCCCCCUAUCCUAUCGCACUCAGUAGAGAAUCGGAGUAUAAUAUCGCAUGUAAAAAUGUUGAGGUUUCCUAUCUGAUCGCCUAUCCUAAAUGGUUGAUGUGAAGGGGAGCAUCUUCACGACAUUCAUGAAGGAAUGCUUGGAAGCUCUAACGAGACACAUGGAAGUGUGCGUAGCUAAGUUAGACUCUAGCUUCAUCGCACGCUUCAAAGUCGAGGAUCUGGUCGUGCGAAAAACGCGGAGUCUCCUCCUCGUCGACUCUCAGAAGAGUCCCGAAGUCUCUCCGGAAGACGUAAGUUCUAAGUAGUUGUUCCACCAACUUAUAACAUAAUAGAUUCCCGGUCAUCGUCAUCAAAACUUAGAGCACAUUAAAAUAGAGUAGUUUAUAGAACGGAUGUAGGAUGGACUUGGAUGGAUCGGAUGGACCCCCCUGAUUCUUCCGGUCCUACUUCUUUCCUCAGGCUCCGAUCGACGUAGCGGAGAUCGAACUAGAGGAAGAGAGUGACACAAGCUACUCUCUCGUUUUUUGGGCAUCGCCAGAAGCAGACGCGAAAGUAUCUUUCCUGCUUUUUUGGAUAAGUCUUUAUUUUGAUAGAGUAAUGAAGUUCAAGCUGUGUUGAAUGAUUAGUAGUUGCAGGUAGCUGGUUAGCAAAAGAGUUUAGGAUUCUUCGGUUUGUUUAUGCGUCGUUGUAGGUAUCUGUUCGGCAAAAGAUUCAGACGCUAGGAUCUUUGUGAAGACCACAGUGUUUUCGAUUUUUGAAAGUGUUUUUUCUUCCAGGACGAUGCGCAGUCGCUGAAGGCGAGCGGCGAAAGCAAUGCUCCUGGUCGACGCCGCGAUGAGUUGACUGUGCCAGGCCGUCCGCGGCUCGACAACAACGGCGUCGAGCGCCCGACGGUGGUGCUGCAUCUGCGUCCCCCGGAUCAGCAGUAUCUCUCCAGUGACGUGCUUGAGGAGCAGAUGCCAGGGUCGAGGAGCGGUAGCAAACGGCGCAGUGAACAGUCGGGUGGCAGCUCGUCAUCUUCGUCUAGCACGUGGCGCCGCGAAGGUCAGAGGUCGGCGAAGACACGCCCAGGUGGGACGGGAUCUUCUCUUAUGUCAGCUCCAAAAAUAGUUAUCCUUAGAAUUGGAAGGCGUUGUACCAUAGAUGAAUUCCAUCUGGGCCAUAGAAAAAUCUCAUCGGCUGAUUGUAUUUCUUCUAAUGCCCAACUCUCGUCAAUCCGUGAGCAGUCGCGGGAAUCAUCGCGAGCAGAGAAAAAAGGGAGUCCGCAAGAAGAGAAAGAAGAAGCUGCUGGCACAAGUACUGACCGGGAGGAAAGGAAAGACGGAUUGUCCAAUCCGCAAACCACUAAUUACAUCAGCGCAGAACAAAAAGCGAAACCUCGGGAACAAGAAGCAGAACUCUCUGGAACAGCUCUUCACGCCAGUACUACAAAUAUAACAACUUCCCUCUCGACGUCUGCGCUCGAAGAGUCCACACCUGUUCUUGGGUCAUCUUCUGGCGUGACGACUUCGCUAGGAGGCAGCGUUGCGGUCCGGCCGUCGCAGGGAGACGUCGAGUUGCUCCCCGACCACACUGAGAGCGGAACGGCGACGCCAACUGCGAAGAACGGAUUAAGGGUUGUAUUACAGUUGGCCUCUUUCUAUGGACAUAGCUAUUUCACCUUUUCAAGUAGGAAAGUCAUAGAUUAUAUGCGAGAUAAAUGAGGGGCCAACUUGCAAGCCCUAAACGGAGGACCGGGAACGGGAGGACCUCAAGCUGGUCGAGCCUUUCUGAACAACAUGCUUGACGAUGACGUGUGCAGUUCCAGCACAGCGGCAGUGCCCAACCUCCACACAUUCCUGAACAACAUUCGCAAGCUGCGUGGACUAGUGGACACGGACGCGCAUGCCAUAUUGCACUUACAGCGGAACAUGUUUCAGUACCUCUGGCGCUUCAACGCGGCAGCCAUGACACCGGAUCAACUCUUCUCUGCUCAGGCUGUAUAAGAAACACUAUGCCCAUGCUUUUUUAGAACGAUGAUCUUGUAAUUAUAAGUAGGUGUAAAUAAUAUUAAUACUUAUCAGGAGCAGCGGGCAUUUUUAUUGAGUGCACUUCAGUGCACUUCUAGAAGUUGAGUCACUGUUUUCUUCACGAUUGGUCCAAUGAAUUGCGACUACAGGUUCUAGCGUUCAAUCUGGACCCGAAAGACGGCAUUGCGUAUCUCAAAGACAAAGUGCUGCGAUCGAACGACGUAGAGCCACGGCGUAUCGGGGAGUGGAUUGCCGAGAUGUCAGCCGCUGGAAAAGGGGGAAUAGAUCCGAGUAUAUUGGGAAGAUUUUUCAGUCGCAAAGAUUCCCUGGAUAUCUACACCGGAUUUGUAGAUGCUCUGGAUUUCUCUGGGCUCACCAUUACUCAGGUACUUGGCUUUUCUAUGGCCGUUCAAUCAAAGUGAGGAGCUAUUAUCAUGAAAACGAAGACGAGAACCGCCCUAUAAUACAGGUCUUGCCUUCUCCACCAAGAACGAUUCAGUAUAAGUACUCUACUUAAGAAUCCUAGAAAUAACACAACCUCAAUACAACUACCAGGCGAUGCGAAAGCUGUUUGAUUGUUUCAAGCCCGGCGGUGAAGGUCAGGUGAUAGACCGAAUUAUCAAAUUAUUUUCGGAUUCAUAUUACCAACAAGUGGUUACCAACUAUAAGAAACAACGGUUGGCCCCUCGCGAUCCCAAUGAGUUUCCGGAUUGGACAUCUGCCGAAUCUCCAUACAGCUUCGGCUUUGCCAUCAUCAUGCUCAAUUUAUGCUGGUGGAUUUUAGCUUUCGUAGUUUUCUACUCUCUCAUGUGUAAGUAGUUAUAUUAAAAGUGUUGCCUUUGUUCACUGAAGAACUCCCUUCUUUAAUCUGAAUCGAUAUUUACUGUUUGCCAACGGGUUUCUUGAAUAGAUACCAAAAUUGCAGCAGUCAACAUUCAGCAGCUUUCAUCCUGAACGGAUUUGCAUGUCAUGUCGAAGAUCAUGAAGAAGGCUGGUGGCGGUGGUAAAGGCGAGGGCUCCGCGAGCAUGAGUCUACAGCAGUUUAUUGCGAACACACGGUGCGUGCUGCCUGCGGAAGAGGUGUCUGACGCUUUUCUGUCGCACGUCUAUGCUGAUAUUGCACGAGCUGAGAUUCAACUACGGCCUUUGCCACAAGCGCCGCUUAGUUCACUGCCGGUUGCGCCGGAUAUUGAGGGGUGGCUUACAGUGGUCUUGCCGCAUGGCGCGCAAGGCGUGGCGAUACAGCGAUACUGGUUCUCUUUUCUGUGGAAGUAGUUUAUGAAAUGCGGAAUUCAAGAACAUGCCACACAAAAAUCUAGCGAGAUCAUAGUAAAGUUUUGCCUCACAAUCACAUGUAGCGCUCUAUCAACAUGUCCUUCAUCUUCCCUAAAUCUAUCGUAUCUUACAACGCAUCUACUUCACUCAGGUGUGUGCUUGCGAUUCAGAGGCUGUACAUCUACUUCACUCAGGUGUGUGCUUGCGAUUCAGAGGCUGUACAUUUUCAGCGACCGCUAUCACGGAUUGGGUCUCUAUCCUCGCAUGUGCUUGGAUGUAA